AUGGGCUUUCUGUUCUCGAAGCUGAUCAGAAACAUUGUCAUUGCCUAUGUUAUAUUCAGUGUUGUGCAGUAUUUGCUUCGAUCGAAGUCGUACAGCAUUUCACCCAAGGAAUUCCGUAAUAUCGCUAACAAAGCACAAGGCGCUGAAAAUGCUGCUUCUGCUGUGAGUCGUCUUUCAACCGAUCUACGCCGCGCAUAUGGCCCAGUCAUCGCCACCGAGACUUCUUGGUUACCACUCAACUUGGGACACUUGCCGCUGAAAGUACUGUUUCUUCAUGCAUCGAUCACCGAAUUCAUUGCUGUCAUUGGAACACCGUUCCCAGUAUCGGGACGGAUUGGUAUGCAUUGGUCCAACUGCACUUGCACUGUGUUGACUGGAGGCAUCGGCCGUGUUCCCGAUCUGGGCCACAUUCCUAAAAAAGAAAACUUCAUUCCAGGUGAAAACUUCCGUCACGGGCAGUUUGAAUCACAUGUUUACAGUUUCGGUCCAGAUUCAUACGCCGUUUGUUAUGGCCGUGGUCUGAUGCCGGUUUCCGGUCUAUGGGCUGCCACUGGUGCCCUCUCACACGGUGAACCACUUUCGUUUGGUCGUUUGAUGUACGCUUAUGGUCAUGAAGCUUUCAACCAGUUGAGUUUGGCGCUUACCAAUACUUUCAAAUACUACAAGUCGAAGGCCACUGGAAAAACGGAAUUGUGA